UUAAUAACUCGCGUGUAAAUACGAGACAGCUGACUGAACGAUGUGCGCAUAAUCUCUUUAGGCUGGCCAAACGAAAAUUUCACGUUACUUGAUCAAGUGUUUUUAGUGAUACAAAUUAAACAUGUUUCGCUUUGGAGCAAGAUGUUCUUUCAUCGUCCGAAAUUUUAGCACGAAGCUCGAUGACAUCAGCAAUCUUGUUAAAAAAAAUAAAGUAGUCGUCUUUAUGAAAGGCGUACCAGAAGAACCAAGAUGUGGUUUUAGCAAUGCUGUGGUACAAAUAUUGCGAAUGCAUGGUGUUACUUAUGAGGCACACGAUGUUCUUAAAGAUGAAGCGCUCAGGCAAGGUAUAAAAGACUUUUCCAAUUGGCCCACGAUACCUCAGGUAUUUAUAAAUGGUGACUUUGUGGGCGGCUGUGAUAUCCUAUUAGAAAUGCACAAAAAUGGUGAACUUAUUGAGGAAUUGAAGAAAGCUGGAAUUACAAGCACUCUUUUGGAAGAAUCCUCUCAAGGCGAGGUGAACAAAUCUAAAGAAUAAGUUUAAUUCAAUUAACGUGUAAAUAAAAAUAACUGAAUCUUUUAUCGAUGGCCACUUUUUGUUAUAACAUAUAAACAUUUUUCUGUUGGUGUUAAUUCAUGUUAAUGUAAAUAGACGAAGUUUAUCAAUAAGUUUGUCGAUAAAUUUCUUGCUAUUAGUUAGAUAGUUGAAGACAGAUAAUUAUACUUUGAUAUUUGCAUUACAA